AUGCGUGAGUUUGGUAAAUUUGGUCCCCUUAUUGGCGCUAUAGAUGAAGGUACAUCAAAUGUUAAAUUUCUGGUAUUUGCUGCAAAUACAUCGGAAGUCUUAACUUAUCAUCAAGUUGCCUUAAAACGAUUUAGUCCUCAAGAAGGAUGGGUUGAACAAGAUGCUUUGGAAAUUUUAAGCGCCGUUCUGGAAUGUAUUGAGGUGACUAUAGACAAUUUAAGGAAACUUGAUAUUAAUCCUGAAGACCUUGUGGGUAUUGGAAUUACAAACCAAAGAGAAACAACUAUAGUGUGGAAUUGUACUACAGGAGAACCCCUUUAUAGUGCCAUUGUAUGGUUAGAUGUAAGAACCUCUAAAAUCCUUGAUGACCUGAUUAAAACUAAGGGUGCACAAUGCAUAAAUGCAGUCACACAAACAAGUGGACUUCCAUUGUCUACAUACUUCUCUUCAGUAAAAAUAAGAUGGUUGCUGCACAAUGUACCAUCCAUACAGCAGUCUGUGGCUGAGGGUGAAUGUAUGGCGGGAACUGUAGAUACAUGGUUAAUAUGGAACCUUACAGGUGGUUGUCGUGGUGGUGUACAUGCUACUGAUGUUACAAACGCUUCACGCACCCAGCUUAUGUCUUUGAAGACAUUACAAUGGGAUAAGGGGCUUUUACGAUUUUUUGAUAUACCAAUAGAAAUUUUACCAAAGAUUAAAAGUUCUGCUGAAAUUUAUGGUUAUAUAUCCACCGGGUCUCUCCUCGGCACACCAAUUGCAGGGUGUCUAGGUGAUCAACAAGCUGCUCUUGUUGGACAAAAUUGUAUGAAUUUUGGCCAAGUUAAGUGUACAUAUGGAACUGGUUGCUUUUUACUUUACAAUACAGGAGAAUCAAUAGUACAUUCACAAAAUGGAUUACUUACAACAGUGGCAUAUAAGCUUGGGCCCAAUGCUCCUCCAAUAUAUGCAUUAGAAGGAUCAGUAGCAAUAGCAGGGGAUACGUUGCAAUGGCUGCAGGACAACCUUGAGAUUAUAAGCGACGUGUCUGACACAGAGCUCCUAUCAUCUCAAGUGACUGACGAUGAAGAAGGAAGUAUUUGCUUUGUACCAGCAUUUAAUGGACUGUAUUCGCCACAUUGGAGAAAAGAUGCAAGAGGUGUAAUGUGCGGUAUAAGCAGUAGUACGAGGCGCGCGCACGUGGCGCGGGCGGCGCUGGCGGCGGUGGCGCAGCAGGUGCGCGCGGUGGGCGGCGCCAUGGCGGCCGACUGCGCGCCGCUGCGCCGCCUGCUGGCCGACGGCGGCAUGGCGCAGAACUCACACCUAAUGCAGAUGCAGGCUGAUCUGCUGGGCGUGCCCGUGAUAAGGCCGCUGAUGAUGGAAAGCACAGCGCUCGGGGCCGCUAUCGUGGCGGGGCGCGCGCUGCGCGUGUGGCCCGCCAGCACGCCCAGCCCGCCCGCCGACACCUUCCUACCAGCCAUCUCUAAUGAAGAAAGAGAAAUGCGUCGUGUCCGAUGGGAAGCAGCGCUGGAAAGAUGCUUAGGUUGGGUCUCGGAAGAUAAUGAGAAAACUUUGUUACAAACUGAUGAAGUUGAUUACACAACAGCAGUCUUGCCGCCAGGGCUGUUUUUCCUUGGUACGGCACUACUUGUAAUACUAGCAGACAAAUUCAAGGUUACA